AUGCCCGCGGGGGCGAGAACCAACAACACCGCCGGAACCUCCCUACCCGAAACCGCUGGCCACACAAGUAGGAACAUCUCGGUGGAAUCAAGAGCCAUGGCACAGGAAUGCUCGGUUGAAUACCUCCAACAAGGUUUACGGGCAAGCCUGGCGCACAUACUGGGAGUAACUUCAGGCUCAUCGACACCUACAGAGGCAGGAACUAUCCCCAGCGGCACAGCUCUUCCGGAAAAUGCUGGUUUACGGGCAGGCCUGGCGCACAUCCUGGGAGUAGCUUCGGGCUCAUCAACACCCGCGGAGGCGGGAACUAUCACCGCUGGCACAACUCUACCUGAAACCGCCGGCCGGAAACGUGGGGAUAUUGCGGUAGAAUCAAGGACCAUGGCGCAGGAAUGCUCAGUUGAAUACCUCCAGCAAGGUUUACGGGCAAGCCUGGCGAGUAUCAUCGGAGUGGACCCACGCUCAUCGACCCCAAAAGAGGACAUAGUGGAGCGUAGGGCAUCGCUCAAGCCCGUUACAACCGCGCAACUAACGCCGAUGGAGGCUAAAAUGGGAGACGGAGAGUCGGAGGUGGCGUCGCGGCUACAACGCGAGUGGGGUGUUGAGCAAGAAGCGAGAGACAGAGCCGCUGCGCUCCUGGAGCUCACUGCACUCGUGCGGGCCAAAGCUUUGAAUCGGUACGACCCAGGCGAUUUCUCAAGGGAGGUGGUUUUCGGCGAAGGGAGGCACUCGGUGGUUUACAGAGUGUCCGCUACCAGGUCGUGCGGAGCAACGGGUAGGUUGGAGGAUCAUCCGUGUGGCCGCCCAGCGACGAAAGGAGCAAUGCUGAGAGAGGCUGCCGCGACGAUGGCAAGGGAGGUCAGCACUGCUAUCCUUGCAGCGGCGGAAACAGCUGUGGUUUCGAUGAAAGAAACAAACGUGUCGAAAGUUGUCGUGGCUGAAGAGACAACGGUUGUGAUGAUGAUGGCGGCGGCUCUCGUUGAGUCCGUUAUUCGCACGUCGAGUUCGGCCGUGGUGAUACCGGUGACGGCGGUGGCAUCAAGAGAGAAUGACAAAAAUAUUGGCACAGUGCUCGCCGCAAAGGAAUUCCGAUACACGCGAGCGGAUGCACCCGAGUCGAUCCUGCGCCAAGCCCAUCGAGAGGUGUGUAUGCACCUACGAGUCUCCGAUUGUGCCCACGUUGUUGCCGUCCGGGGGGUUUGGGUGCUGCCACGAGUUACAAUCCUUCUCGAACCAAUGCACGGAGGGAACCUCCACGGUUUUCUCCGAGCUAGGGUUGCCGAGGACGAUGAACGAAAAGAAGGCCACGAAACACGAAGACAACGUGCUAGGCUUGUGUCGGAGGCCGCCGAUGGUCUUGCCGCCCUUCACCACGCAGGAAUAGUCCAUCGAGACGUCAAGAGCCACAACGUGUUGGUGGUACGGCAACGACAGACGGCAUUCGGAGGUGCCGAACCUGUCGUCGUUCGUGGACGUGAACACGGCGAGAGCGACCACAACUGCACGUUCUUGGAGGGUAUUGAUGAGUCGGGAUGGGAAGCAAAGCUGGGAGACCUAGGAAGCGCAGCCUUGAUCCCCCUGGAGGGGCAGGCUGCUUUGACAGAAGAGAUCGGUACGAGUGGGUGGACGGCCCCAGAGGUGUGCGAGGGCCGCGGGUACGGAACGCCGGCGGACGUAUUCAGCCUGGGCGUGCUUAUCUGGGACGCCUUCGUGUGCGGAGCGCUUGAGAACCCCAUGUGCGGGCGGUCAGGAGACCAACUGACGGGGAGAUUGAGACCCCGUUGGCCGCAGGCACCUUUUCCAGUUGUGCCUUCGGACAUCGAGAGGUUGGCUGAGCGUUGUUGGGCCCCCGAUCCUGAAGCUCGUCCGACUGCUGGUGCGGUAGCCGCCGAGCUUCGGGCGUUUUGUUGCCGUGCUUGUGUCGAAAUUGAUGGUUAA